AGUCCUCAAAAAGUUGAUGUGCAUGGAAGCACAAAAGGUUCUUGUACCGCUGCACAAGAAAAUUACAAGGAGGACUUAACCAUCGACAAUGUUCAAAAAUUGCUAUGCAUGGUUUUGAGAAGUGAAGAAGAUAUACGCAUACCAUUAGAACAUGAGCCAAAUACCGCAAGGUUUUUUAUUCCAGCAAAGUGUAUUAGAGAGUUGUUGGUGGGUAAUGCUUGGCUUGACUUUUCUAUUCUACAACUGUGGUGCACGUGUAUGCAUCGUCUUUGUAUCUCAAGAAAUAGAUCGAAAGUGUUUGGCAUUUUGGACCCAGUAUGCUUGGAUUUUAAUCCAGCUGAUCCUAGUACUAAAUCUAAAGUUCAGGGACACAUACAAACUAGGUUGCGUGAUUUGAACAAAGUGUGUUACUUAGCACCAUAUCUAUUUAAAGGACACUGGCAGUUAAUAAUUAUUUGUCCCAAGGACAAUAGUUUAGUUGUCCUUUGUUCAAUGCACCGAGAUCUUAAUGAAGGAAUGAUUAAGAUUGUUUCAAAAGCUUUAGAGGUUCAUCAACUUUGUCAGGGCAAUAGAAAGAAGGCUAAAUGGUUUCGUCCCAAACCAAGAAAGCAACCUAAUGGCAAUGAUUGUGGAUACUAUGUGAUGAAGAAUAUGCUAGAUAUCAUCUCUGCUAAUAUUACUAAGUCUUGGAUGGAGGUAUUCAAUGAUCCAACGGCAUUAACUGAAGAUGACUUAUAUGAUUUGCGAAACCAAUGGGCAACUUGUUUUCUUGACUUGUAUAACACGUAGGAUUUACAUGAUGAAAAUUGAUUAUGAUGUGGCUGAGAUGAGACAUUGUCGGUGCUUACGUCUGAGAUGAAAUGAGAUGCUUUUUGCAGCUGAAGCUUAGCAUAUUUACAAUGAUGAUUUUGCUGUGGAUUUUUUUUUUUUAUUUGAAAUUUCUGCCUAAAGUUGUUUUAUUGGAUUAUUUCUAGCUAUAUUGUAUUCAUAUCCCUCUUUUAUAGAUUGGAAUAUUGGCGUGGAAAAUAGAGGAUUGAUUAUGUAAUAUCCAAUUAUAUAA